GAGCUGUGUAUUGUGUCCUAAAUUUGCUUCUAUGUGGUUCAAUUUUAGCAAGUUGUCGUUUUUUAGCGGCGUUUUAACAAUGGCGCAGUCUGUGUCGGUUCUCCUCCCCUCGAUCCACCGCUAAUCCAAUGGCUGUUUGCGCCAGGAAGGGCAGGGGUGGAAACGGAACACCCUAACCAAACCACGUUUCUCCUGAACCCCCCCCUACCAACUUGGAAGCUAGCAUUUUCUUCAACUCGGGUGAUUUAUGGAAGAGUUGCGCAGCCCAGGUGGUUGCCUUAGUGAUGGAUGGGGAGUCAGAGCCAAACCCUGUUGUGGCAGAGGAAGCAGAGGAGAAGGCGGAGCUGCUCGUUGCCACUCCUUCCUCCCAACAACCGUCCCCACCUCCUGCUGAGGAGUCUGGGGAGCCAGUAUCCAUGGAAACAGGAGAUGAAGCCACAAACGAGGGUGGCACAGAGGACAAUGAUGAUGAUGUAGUUCUUGUAGAGGAGGAGGCUUCCCAGCCUCCUCCUGCUGCAGCCUCGUCUCCAGACGAACCCAACACGGAGAGUGCAGAGCAGCCAGCUGUUGAGGCUGCAGAUGCUGCAGCAGAAGACACAGCAGCAAUGCCUUCCAAGAGCCCCGACUCACCUCCGUCUUCCGAUGCAUCCAUGGUGGCCGCAUCCCAGAAGCCUCCAACCACAGCACCAGAGCCUAUCGUCAUUGAUGACGAGGAGGACUGUGAACAGAAAGAGACCUCUUCCCUCUCGCCUGUACCCCCCGGGGACUCCUCUGCAUCGCACUCACCUGGUGCACUCAGCAACCAUGAUCCAGAUUCAGAAAUCAAGAUCUCCAGUGUUACCACACUAGGCUCCAGUAACCAGAAAAGCUCUGCGGUUUCCGCAGUAAACACGCCACCAGAUUCAGAUGAUGCCCAGGCAGACAUCAACCUGAUGAUAACCUCUGUGACGUCCCUCCAAGGUGGAGCAGCAGCUGUUUUAGAGGCAGAUGAAAACGAUACAGAGGAGAACGGUCUGCAGAUCAGCAGUGCCUUCAGUCUGAAUCCUGAAACCCCAUCUGCUCGACCAACCACCUCCUUUAACCCUGGCCGGGGCUCAGGCUCCGCCAGCCAGCUGGUUCAGAAUGGAGACACAGGAACACACAAAGGAGCAGACUCAUGGAUCUCUCAGUCGGCCUCAGUUCCCCGCAACCAAAAGCAAACAGGGGUGGACUCUCCAUCGCCUGCCACCUCACUGCUCAAGCCUGCAGGCCAGUCUUCCUCCUCCACUUCCUCCUCAGGUUCCCAGACACUACCCAGGACCGUCAAGGUGACCUGUGCUAACUGUAGAAAGCCUCUGAAGAAAGGCCAAACAGCCUACCAGCGAAAAGGCUCUUCACACUUGUUCUGCUCCACCACUUGUCUCUCUGCCUUUUCACACAAACCUGCACCCAAGAAGACCUGCACGAUGUGCAAAAAGGACAUCACACACAUUAAGGGUACAAUUGUGGCCCAGGUGGACUCCAGCGAGUCUUUUCAGGAGUUCUGUACAACUGGCUGCUUAGGAGCGUACGAGAACAAGAACAACCCGCCUAAAACAGGCCUGAAAAACAAAUGCACCGUCUGCGGAAAGCUCACAGAGAUUCGGCAUGAGGUUAGCUUUAAGAAUGUGACCCAUAAGAUCUGCAGCGACCCAUGUUUCAACGUUUACCGCAAGGCCAACGGGCUGAUCAUGAACUGCUGCGAACAGUGUGGGGACUAUCUGCCAAGUCGGGCAUCAGCCAACCACUUCCUGCUGGUCGAUGGCCAGCAGAAACGCUUCUGCUGCCAGAACUGCAUCAGGGACUACAAACAGGCCCACAGUAAACUUGCCUGCUGUAUGACUUGCAAAACACUAAUCAAGACAGGCGAGGUGCUCCAAAGCCUCGGAGCAGGCGGCUGCAUGAGCUCCUACUGCUCGGUCAGCUGCAUGAACAAGGGCAAGCUGACAUCAUUCAUCAACAAAGAACCUACAUGUCAUUUCUGUAAAAGAAGCUCAUUACCGCAGUACCAGGCCACACUGCCAGAGGGCAACAUCCUCAACUUCUGCAGCUCACAAUGUGUAACCAAGUUCCAGAAUGCUACCCUUCAGACAACCAGCAAUGGUCAGACGCCUCUCAGCAACAGCUCUGCCCAGCUGAAAUGUAACUACUGCCGAGGAGCGUUCAGCUUGAAGCCUGAAGUUCUGGAGUGGCAGGAUAAGGUUUAUCAGUUCUGCAGUAAGACAUGUUGUGAGGAUUACAAGAAGCUCCACUGCAUUGUGACAUUUUGUGAGUACUGCCAAGAAGAGAAGACCCUUCAUGAGAUGGUCAAGUUCUCUGGUGUCAAGAAACCAUUCUGUAGUGAAGGCUGUAAGCUACUGUUUAAACAGGAUUUUAUCAGACGGCUGGGGCUCAAGUGCGUGAGCUGCAACCACUGCAGCCAGCUCUGUAAGAGAGGCAUCACCCAGCAGCUCGGAGGCAUGACCCGGGACUUUUGCAGUGACGCUUGUUCCAAAACGUUCAGUGACUGGUACUACAAGGCGGCGAGAUGUGACUGCUGCAAAGUGCAGGGAAGCCUGACGGAGUCUGUGAUGUGGAGAGCAGAGAUGAAGCAUUUCUGUGACCAAGAGUGUCUGCUGAGGUUCUACUGUCAGCAGAAUGAUCCCAUCUUGGUCACACAGAAGGGACCAGAGAACACCACUUUGGGUAUCGACAUGCAAGGGUCAAAAGCUGGGCUGGUGACUCAGAGUCCUGUGGUGUACUCCAGCGGGGGUGUGAUUAGAGAUGUGAAGAACAAGGCGGUGCUCUGCAAACCGCUCACCCUGACUAAAGCCACCUACUGCAAACCACACAUGCAGAGCAAACAUCUACAGACAGAUGUAGAUGACGGUGUGAAGAGGGAGUAUAUUCCUGUUCCUAUACCUGUCCCCGUCUUCAUCCCAAUGCCUAUGAACAUGUAUGCCCAGGUCACCCCUACUCCAGUCUCUAUGCCUGUACCGGUUCCUGUGCCUGUGUUUCUGCCCACCACCCUGCAGGGGGCAGAACAGAUUAUUCAGACCAUGAAAGAUCUGAAAAAUGAGGUGCCCUCUAGCACCAUGGAGGCUGAUGUAAUUAACAAAGAUGACGAGAAGCCAGAUGUGAAGUCGGUGAUAUUGAAGAGAGAGUGUGUAAAAGAAGAGUCCUCCAGCAGUAGCUCUGAGGAAGAGGAGAAGGUGGAGGAAGGUGGGGAGAGGGAGGAGGAGGAGGAGGAGAAGUAUGACUCCAACCUGGACCUGGAGGCAGACUUCCCUCAAGCGUCAGAACCUGUUCCGGUGCUGGAAGGAAUGGAUGAUGAUAUGGGCUUUUCUUUGCCUAUGGUCCUGGCAGAGGAGAAAGAGGAGCUGCAGGAGUCGGUACCUCAACCGCAGCCCAGAAAACUGGGAAAUAAGAGGCAGGCUGUGGAGGAUUUGCCUUCAUCCUCUCCAUCUCAUUCAAGCAAUUUAGAAGGCAGAUCGCUGCCCCUUAAAUCUCGCUAUGGCAUCAAUGCUUGGAAACGCUGGGCGCUGUCCCUGUCUGACCAAUCAGAAGACACCAAAGAAAAGGAUACCUCCAAACCAAGACGGUCAAAAAGUAACAUGUUGUCAUUGAACGCAGAGGAGCUGAAUGUUGCUCUGUCCCGAUUUGUCAGGGAGGUCUGCAGGCCCAACGGGGAGCGCUACUCUCCAGACAGCAUCCUCUACCUCUGUCUGGGUAUCCAGCAGCAUCUUCAUGCCAAAGGCCGGACGGAUGAUCUGUUCAGUGACCCGACUUAUCAGCAGUUUGGAGAGGAGCUCAACAAGGUGCUCAAAGACUGGCAGCCCAGUGUGCUUCCUGAUGGCUCACUGUGGGGUCGGGUGGAGGAGCAGAGCCUGUGGAGUAGUCAGCACCUUGGGGAGCAGAGUCCAGCCUCCCUGCUGCGCUCUCUGGUUUACCUGAACACUAAAUACUUUGGCCUGCGCACCGUGGAACAGCACCUGCGCCUCUCCUUCGCUAACGUUUAUGGGCCUGACACCAUCCAUCCUGUCAGCAAGGAGAGCACCGUCUGCAUCCGCGUGCCCUCCAUCUCUCAGGAUCACCACGGCGAGGAACAGACAGAAUCCAGGAAGAGGAAGCGCAAGCUAAACGAGGACCAACAGGAUGAAAACGAGGGCUCGGGGGGCUCGUCUGUUCGAUGCCCAGUGAAGAAGCACGAGUGUCGACUCUAUGAGCUCUAUAGAUCCAAGUGUCCACCAUUGCUGUGGGAGCGCCUUGACGUCUUCUACGUUCAGCCAGAUCCCGCCUGCAGCCCUAGUGACCCUGUGUGGUUCAGCUCCACUCCCCUGGAGCGUCAGAUCCUAGAAAGCCUCCUGACAAGGGUCCUCCUGGUCAGAGACAUUUACACAGACAAGCCACUCCUGGAGGAAGAUGAGUAUGAAGAGGACCAUGGUGAAGAAGUCGGAAGAGAGUAGCACCUGCUUGGACUUUGUUUAGUAGAACCUGCGAAGAAAGUUUAGGGUAAUCUAGUCGUAUGUGUCCCCUUCACCAGUCUUUAUCCUCGUCUCUUCACCAACGUUAGUGACUUAUUGUUUCCUCCUGGUGAGGGACGCCCACAGCAGGUAGAGGAUGCUUACAGUGGUGGUGAAAAGCAGCCCAGACUUGUACUUCUGCCUCAAAAAUGAAUUCAGAGGACAAAGCCUUUGAUUUCAGAAGCUGGAGGAAAAAGAUGGCAAACCAAGAUGAACAACUUCAUGAGAUAAAGUAGUGAGCUGGAGCUUGUUCUUACCAUGAAAUACACACACAAAAAGGUUAAGGAUGGUGUGGGUGUGAAGGGAUAUCAGGAUAUUUUUCCCAAACACACUUCUGAGAUGCAGAUUUUAGCUCUCAGACCAGCAGCUCGAACAUAUAGGAAUAUCUCAGUCAUCCCCCAGGCCGCCACUAUAAGGAAGCGGGGGGCAAAGAAACCAGGAUGUCUGUAAAUCACUGUUUCACGUCCUUUUCACUUCACUGAAUGGAAAACAGAAGGGAGCACUUUGGGUACAAGAAAGUAAAACGGUCUAGGCCUAAAAACCAGCAAUGCAAAAGAAAGCGUGAAGAUAGUACCGCCACUGUUCUCAGUUCGGUAGGUUACAUAUCUGAAAGAACUAAUUGCGUCCAACUUUAAUUUAAAUUUUGUAUAUUUAGUUAAAAACAUCAAACAUUGGAUCUUUGAAUUUAAUUUGCUCAAUUCUGAAACAAUUAUUUUGGAUUUCAGCUUAUUCCUGACGGCUCCGAGGGGAGUGGGCAUGCAUUUCUCAAAUUGUUUUAUAUGAAAGGAGAGCAUCACACAUUAAUUGAAGCAUUAAUAUGAUCAAACAUUAAAUUCUGAGUUUUUUCCUCUUUAAAAUCAAAAUUUUCAUGUGAAUGCAAUUAUAGUUCAACAGUUUAUUCAGGUUGUUGGACCCCAAAAUGUGUCACAGAUGUGGUUUGACAUUAAUAAACUCUGCUUGUAUACCAACACAUAAAUACUAAAACAUGCACUAUCUACUGUAUCUGGUGUUCAGAGAUGUCUAUAUAUAAAUAUACACACACACAUAUAUAUGUAUUAGAGAUGUACCAAUCACACAUUUUGUGUGAUCCGAUCUCUGACCUGCCUCCACCAAUUUUAGUAUAUUGAUUUCUCUUUUAAAACACUAUUAAUAAACAGAAAAAUACUUUUCCUUUCUACCUUCUGGAUAAUGCUGACCCUUUUUGACGCUAAAUUGUUGAUGGUAAAAUAAAAUGAUUUCUAAGAAAACAGCAACUAAAACUUUUGCUGCUGAGGUAUCUAUAGAUUAUAAACCAAACGAUUCACCGAUUUGGAAAAUGUCUGACAACUUCUCAGUAACAACUUCCACCAAAGAGUUGACCUGAUAGUUUUCAUGCAUGGUGCAUUUACUGAUCAGGAAAAAAAAUCCGAUUUUUAGUUUGACUGGCUGGUCACUGAUCAGGGUCAGUCAAGCAGGAAAUCACCCAAUUAUUCGCCAUUUAUUGGCACAUCUCUAAUAUGACACGCUAUUUUCAUCCUCUUAAACGACUGGAAGUAAUUAAAUCAAUAACUUCUUGCACGUAAAGUGCAUGGGUUUAAUUAUUAAAUUUAAUUAUAAAAUUGCGGAACAAGCAACCAGACUCCUACAUUUCAAUAGACAGUAGAAAUUGACAAAUCUCAAGAAAAAAAAAAGCAAAGUUCAGUUUUUGAGAUGAACAGUUUUCACUGAGCGUUUAUGUUAGCCCAAUAAUAACCAGGGUCGGAAUGUCAAGUUGGUCAGAGAGGGGAGAAACAUCGCAGUGUCAUUUCACUGCUUGUUGAAAUUCAGAGGUAAAUUGAAGCUUUUACAAGAAACUAAUUUGAUCAUUUAUUUGUGGAGCAAUGUGUGGGUAGAUCAGAGUUCAGGUUUCUUGAAGGUAAAAAAAAAGAAACGAGCUGUUUGACCGUCAGGUGAAAGCUUGAAAAUCAACAAUGUGACCUUCUGCCAUGUUUUAUUUCACUUCAGCUUUCUGACUUCAUGCUCUUAAAGGUGGGAUUAUAAAAUCUGCUCUUUUUUUAUGUUGUGUAACCUCUCCAUUAAGUAGGCUGCCUUAAUUCCCUCCCAACGUCGCGCUGUCUGUUCCUCCUCAUUCAGCUUUGUUGUCCGUCUCCACCUGUAUACUGCGGAGGACUUCAAUCAGGUCUGGUUCCAGGACAGUAAAGAUCUGUUCUCUGUUCUGAUAGAUUGGACUGCCUGUGGUACAGGAGACAGACUGCCUUCAUUGUUGGACAUGAGAGUAACCUUCACUCCUGGGAUGUAGCAUUACCAGAGUACUAAACCCAGACUAUGUUGCAGGCAGGUUGGUUAUCUCACACAACGUCAACACAGGAAAAACUCACAAAGACAACUUCAGCUUGCAAUCCUGCAAGAAGUCUCUCUAAAACUUUUAUUUAUUCCAUUUUUUCUAUUCCUAUGUUGGGAUUUUGUGGCUGAUAUUUCCAUCUCACCUUGUCUUCACCCAUUAAUUGCUGCUGUCCUGCGGUGGCGACGGAUCCCGCUGAGCAUAAAGGAUGAGGGUAGUUUAUAUAUGGAGCACUUUUUUGCAAGUGUCCAAUUUUCCUCAUGUUUUUAUAAACGUCUAGUACAGCAAAGUAAAAGGUUUUGUUGUAGCAGUUUUUUCGUUGAGUAUUUUUGUGUUCUCAUCAAGUAAACAGUUGAGUUAGACUAUGUACUUUUUACUUUUUGUAAAUGUUUUGUUUCACAAGAACUGCUCAGUUUUUUUGUUUUGUUUGUGUGGAGCUCAAAUCUAUUGAAGACCUUGAGGAUGUUUGUCCCUUCUGUAAAACACGCCUUGUGUGCAUAUUUCCAAUCACUGCUUCCUUUCUCUUUAGGACAGCUGCUGCUGCUGUUCGGGACACCAGAUUGUGUUUAAAGGUCUGAAUCUGCAGUGAAAACACUAUGGUGGUAUUUUCUCAUGGAGGUUUUUCACAUGCAGCUUUAAAUCCAAACAUUUAAAUUUCCAGGUGAACAGAUGCUGGAUCAGAGCAAACCAGUUAACCAGACUGGUGAUUUUUAAAAAAAAUAUUGUUUUGUUUUUCCCUGCUGGACUGAGAGGCAACAACCAAACCUGCCACUGGUUUGGACCUACAGUACUCGCUGUGGCUGGCUUUAACGCCUAAUGUGAAUGUGCCUAUCUGUAUAUAGUGAAAGUGAGUGAUUGUGACCUGAAUCCGAUGCUAUGUGUGUGGGCUGUUCUGCCGAUAUGGUUAUGUUUAAUAAAUGAUUUCCUUUUUUCUAAA